ACUACCAUAUACUCCAAAGAUAACAUUAACAUGAUAUAUAGUUGCAUGAAGCUACACCAUCUUCUGACACGUACAACACAGAGAGUGACACCUAUACCCCACUUCAUGAUCAUAGCAACUUAGUCUUCACAUCCACCAUAUUCAAAGUUAAGCCUGCCACGUGUCACAUCUCACCCUAUAAAUCCCAUCUCACAACCCCAUUCACUCCAUCAAUUUUUCAUCACAUUUUGUUUGCAACAAUGUCGAGCGGCGAUCAGCAGUUUCCACCUCAAAAACAAGACCGACAACCGGGAAAAGAACAUGUCAUGGACCCUAUCCCUCAGUACAUGAACCCUAAUUACAAACCAGCUGAUAAACUCAGAGGUAAGGUGGCACUAGUGACCGGAGGAGAUUCCGGAAUCGGUAGGGCAAUUUGCUAUUGCUUUGCUAAAGAAGGAGCAACUAUUGCCCUUACCUACGUUAAGGGUCAAGAAGACAAAGAUGCUACAGACACCAUUAAGAUAAUUAAGGAAGCAAAGACCAAAGAUUCGAAAGACCCGAUUGCGAUAGCAACCGACUUAGGGUAUGAUGCCAAUUGCAAGUCGGUUGUGGAUGAAGUCGUUGGAAAAUUUGGUCGUAUUGAUGUCUUGAUAAACAACGCGGCUGAGCAGUAUACGUGUAAGACCGUCGAAGAAAUCGAUGAAAAAUGGCUUGAUAGGGUGUUUCGAACCAAUAUUUACUCCUACUUUUUCUUGACAAGGCAUGCACUGAAACACAUGAAAGAAGGAAGCAGCAUCAUCAACACGACGUCGGUUAACGCCUACAAAGGGAAUGCUACAUUGCUCGACUACACCUCAACAAAGGGAGCCAUUGUGGCGUUCACUAGAGGUCUAGCACUACAACUGGCACAAAAGAACAUUCGAGUUAACGGAGUGGCGCCUGGUCCGGUGUGGACACCGCUGAUACCAUCUUCGUUUAACGAAGAGAAGACGUCGAAAUUCGGGUCGGAGUGUCCGAUGAACAGAGCCGGACAGCCUUAUGAGAUCGCGCCUUCGUAUGUGUUCCUGGCAUCCGAGGACUCCUCGUACUUUACCGGCCAAGUUCUCCAUCCUAAUGGUGGGAUGAUUGUGAAUGCUUGAAGUUGAUGUUUAUGUGGUUAGCAAGCUUUGGAAGUGAAGUUAUCUAGAUAUGUGUAGUUACUAUGAUGCAAUAUAUAAGAAUAAAACAGUGUUUGGAAUGUUUGGUUUUUUGGUGAAAAAAGUUUGUGGACCGAAGUUAUCAAGUGGUAAUAUUAGAUCCAAAAAAACACUUGGGAGGAAGUGGAACGGUUA